AGAGAGGUCUACACUCUUUUAAGUCCUAACACUAACACAAUCUCACCUCUCUUACUUCCAAGUGUAACUAGCUAUACUAAAUAAGCUUUCUUUCUCUUUCAUAUCAUAGUUUUCUCUUCUGCAACUUUCCAUGGAAUUCCACCUCCUACCCAUCCUUGCAUUUCUUUCUUUGACGUUGGUGACAAGUCAUGCAACUCCAUCUCCUGAAGCAUACUGGAACUCGGUUUUGCCAAACUCUCCCAUACCUAAGGCUGUCAAGGAUCUUUUACACACUGGGAAAGGAAAGCCCGUCUAUGGCGGCGUAAGCAGAGCUAUCCAAUCCAAUUACGGUUUCAGUGCUACUGCGGAUCAACUCCAUUAUAAUCCCAACAUCGUUAUUUUCUUCUUGGAAAAUGACUUGAAAAAAUACACAAAAAUGACGUUGCGCUUCACUAGAAUCACCACAUCAACUAUUUUCUUGCCACGCCAGGUUGCCGAGAAAAUACCCUUUUCAUCCAAGAAAAUGCCACAAAUUCUUGACUACUUCUCGGUGAAACCCAACUCCAUGGAAGCCAAGGCAAUCAAGCAAACAAUCAAAGAAUGCGAAGAGCCUGGAGUCGAAGGAGAAGAGAAAUAUUGCGCGACUUCACUAGAGUCCAUGAUCGAUUUCUGCCGUUACAGGCUUGGGAAAAGUAUCCAAGCAAUCUCCACAGAAGUCAAAAAAGAAACCCCUUUGCAAACAUACACUAUUGAAGGAGUCAAGAAGAUGGCAAGCGAUGCAGCCGUAGUGUGCCAUAGGCAAGACUACGCGUACACGGUGUUUUUAUGCCACACGACACAAACCACAAUAAAGGCGUACAAGGUUUCAAUGGUAGGCGUCAAUGGAACGAAAGCAGAAGCAGUUGCAGUGUGCCAUACCAACACAUCGCAUUGGAAUCCGAAACACUUGGCCUUUCAAGUGCUCAAGGUCAAGGUCAAGCCAGGGACUGUUCCAAUUUGCCAUUUCCUUCCUGAGGAUCAUAUAGUUUGGGUUCAUAACUAAGAUUGAUCUUUGCAAAAAAGAGUCAUCACUACUUGUUUAAUUAGUUUUUUAUAUGUUUGUUUUGCUUGUUUGGUUUGGAUUGUCAUCAUAAUCUGAAAAACUCUACUCAGACUCAGAUAUAUAUGUCGUCUUUACAUAUAUGUAUGCACUAUAACAACUCUCCCACCCACAUAUGCAUAUGCAUAUGAGCUUGACAUAAAGGUGGCUUGUUUUUCAGUAAUAAUAGAUAUGUUGUCCUUGGUGUUUAGCACUACUUAAAACUA